AUGGCAUACAGAAGUGAUCCUGCUCUACUACAAUACGUUCGCUUCCACGGUAUAGCCAGUGACUACUUUGCUCUUGAUCCCCUCGAACUUAUCGACAAAACCUACGAAACCGCCCCGGAUGCUCUUCAGUUGUCCGAAGACACACUCGCCCCGAUACGUGUUCAACUUGAACAUAGCCAGCAGCUAGUUGAGCAUCAAAUUUUUCACGAAAAACUCGAUAUCAGAAAAGAAAGUGUCAGGUUCCUUUCCUCCGUGCUUCACAUCACCAACUCAGACAUUGUCGAUGACUGCUGGGCAAGAGUCCUUCCUAAGUGGGAUCGCUAUGAUGGUCUAAAGCUAGAAACUCCCGUCUUCAACUCAGAAGAUGACACAAGCUUGAGACUUUCGAGCGAACCCCUCCGUUACUCUCAUGCCGACUAUGCGUUGCGUCCACUUGAGGAACUUCCCAGCUACCACAAUGUCAAUCCCCCGGGGAAUAUAGUUCACGAUGCGAAUACAAUUGGCAAUAACACGAUGCAUGAGAAGCUAUACUGCUCCAAAGCCGCAUUGUUGCUUAUCCAGAAUGUGAGGCAUAAUGGGAUCCGUCCUUUGUCGGACAUUGAGAAUUUGUUUCAGACACCCCUGGAUGCGAGUCUGUGUCACCCGGCCUCGUUGUUUCUCCUCCCGUUAGAUGACGACUGCUUCUCAUGCACAAGCCCCUCGUCGAUUCCAGAGGACAAGGAUCUAUCUAGUCAUAUCGAUUCAAAUUCGCGUGAUAUACCUUCAUCAGGAGACAUUGAAACCUUGCCAUCAGAAAACUGCUUUAAACCUGAUUGUACUGGGUUCAGAGCAUUCCCACAACUAGAUGACCAUCCAGCCCAGAAACAAGCAGCUAAUGACCCAUCAUUGGUUGAGGCUACUCCCGGGAGGCAUCAGUCAUACGAACAGAGCCAAAACGAUGAGACAUCCGAUGCAGACGUGAGUCUCGACUGUGGAAGAGGAUCACACCUCCACGCUAAGCAAGAUAACUUGGCUACGACGAGUCCAAGCAGUGAGCUUUCCCAGAUAACCUAUACUGAAAUCAUGGAUGAUAUUGCAACAUCAGAUUGCUUCCCUUACGAGAGUCCCAUCGUCAUACGAACACCUCCAAGACCAAGCUAUUCCCCAAUCUCAUCCGCAUGUAGCUCGCGUUGUCAGGAGCAAGACAUUCUCGAGUCUCCGAGACCCUUAUCACAAACAGAUCACCAAGCUUCAGUCUGUGAGGCGCGACUGGGAUGCUCUUUCUCAGAUGAGCCUCUCUCAAUAACUUCCUGCAUCCCUGAAACUCCACGCAUGCUUAAGGCGAGUAAUGAUUUGAAAUCGCAGUGCCUGACACGAAAGCGAAAGUUGGAUAAUAGCCAGAGUGAUCACCCUUCGGAAAAAAACAGCGGACUAGAAACCAUGGCCUCUUCAAAGUGUUCCAAUACGAGACAUCCUCGAACAUCUUUCUCUACGAGUUUGGGUUCUCUAUCACGAUUCAUGGAAACUAGGGGGCAGUCCACCAGGCAAGAGGAAACAGCACAGAGUCCAUAUUUCGCCAGAAACAUAAAUCCCGACAUUGGUGUAAGAAGGCACGACAAUGCUGUACAUACCGAGUCAGCAAAUAAUCAGCUGAGUCCUGACAAUUCUUACAAUCAACCGCAAUCUAUCUCUUCGGACCCAACUACGCGGAUUCCACGAUGUCAAAAUGGGACCCAUGUGCGCCUGAUACUCUCCUUGUCAACGUCACUUCUGAAAAGCCAUCUACGCGUUAUACACUGCUUAGAGAGUAUCAAGCCUCCCCCUUCGCUCGUGUACAGAGAUUCCGAUAUGGACAUCAGGACACAAGUGCGGGGAUCCCAAACCCAAAGCACAGGUUCUGCAAAAACCGAGGACGAGGCCGAUAUUAUCAUUACACCAGCAACGGGCAUACUCUUGACAAACUCGCAAGCAACUACGCAACUCUUCCUUCCAGGCCAUAAGCCUAGAAACUCGAGCAAUAUCAAAAGCAUCAACUCUCCUCUGCGAGAACGAGUUUUUCUUCUAGCAGGGAAACAUGAACAUCUAUAUGUGCUAGUUGCUCAUUGUUCUGGCCCGACUACAAACUUGCCAAAUUCCGAGCUUACCAUCGAUAAAAACAUCCUAUCAUGUAUUAUUGCUUUUACUGCGUUUUGCAAUUCGAUCUCUAGUUCCAACGUCCACCCUCUCGUGAUACCCUCUUCCCCAGAUGCUAUUGCUGGCUGGAUUCUGGCACUUGCCAAUAAAUCAAUUCACUGA